AUGCGUUUCUCAAACUUUCUACUUGUUCUGUCCAUUGCCGGCAGCAGUAUUGCUGCCAAUGGCCGAAGGGACGACAAGUCACCACCACCAACGGAGGUUGAUCGGAAAACAGCAGUUCAGCCAAAACGAUUCAUCGUCGAAUUUGCGCCUGGUAUCGAUGCUAAAACAGCUGCGGCAGACAUUGCGACCAAGGCUGGAAACAAGCUGCUGAAAGUAUUCGACAGCGAUGUUUUCAAGGGUGCAGCUGUUCAGGCCGAAACCGAAAACAUCGAUUCUCUUACAGCUAGGGCGCCCGUACUUCAGGCGUGGCAGUCCAGGAAGAUUAUGCUUGAUCCAAAUGUUCCUUCCCGGUCAUUCAGCGCAGAUGCUACUGGUGUGAAUUACUCUAUCCAUGGCAUGACAGGCGUAGACAAGCUUCACGCAAGAGGCAUCUUCGGUAAGGGCGUCACUGUUGCAGUGGUUGACACUGGCGUUGACUACAAUCAUCCAGCUCUUGGCGGUGGCUUCGGACCUGGAUUCAAAGUUGCUGGAGGCUACGAUUUUGUCGGUGAUGGUUCUUGGCCAGACAGUGGAGCCAAAACACCGGACAAUGAUCCCGCGGAUCAGCAAGGCCACGGAACCCACGUAUCUGGUAUUAUUGCUGGAAAGGAAGGCGCGUUUGUUGGCGUAGCCCCGGAAGCAACGCUCCUGGUAUACAAAGUCUUUAGCGCAGCGGCAGGGACUGACGAGGAGACUUUAAUUGAUGCUUUCCUCAAGGCAUAUGAUGAUGGUGCUGAUAUUAUCACGUCAUCCAUUGGUGGUCUCAGUGGUUGGGUUGACAAUGCUUGGGCUCUUGUGGCUAGUCGCCUGGUUGAACAGGGAGUUGUCGUCACGAUUUCAGCCGCAAACGAUGGUGAGGUAGGACCAUAUGCUGCAAGCAGUGGUUCUUCAGGUGCAAAUGUUCUUGCAAUUGCGUCCGUUGGUGCUAGCAUGAUUGCAUCUCCAUCAUUCAGCCUCACGUUCAACUUGGAUAAGUUCUCCAACAAGACCUUCGCUGCUUACAGAUCUUCCGAGGAUUGGUAUCCAUCUGAGGUUAAGGACUGGCCACUCUACCCACUUACGCUAGACACUACAACAACCACCGAUGCUUGUAGUCCACUCCCUGCAGGCACUCCAAACCUUUCAAAGUAUGUCGUUCUAGUUCGCCGAGGCGGUUGCACCUUUGCUGUCAAACAACAAAACGUCGGUGCGGCUGGCGCCAAAUAUCUCUUGGUAUACAAUAACGCGAGUCCGCUUGUGGUACCCGGAGCCACCCUUCCAUCACCCAAAAUUGCGGCCAUUGCAGCGAACGUUGGAGAAGCCAUCAUUGGCGCAAUCAAGGCUGGCGGUAACGUCACAGCUGACUUUACUGUUCCACCGGCAGACGUAAUCAUCGGGCUCGACAAUGACGUUGAUGCUGGUGUCGCCAGUUACUUCACAACCAUGGGGCCAACGAAUGAGCUAUACAUCAAACCAGAUGUUGCAGCACCAGGUGGUCAGAUAUUUUCCACAUAUAUCGGUGGUGGUUGGGCAACUUUGAGUGGUACUUCCAUGGCCUGCCCUUACGUUGCAGGUGUCGCAGCUCUUUACAUUAGCAAAUUCGGAGGCCGAAGCAAGAACGGUGCUGGCUUUGCUAAAGAUCUUGCCAUGCGAAUCAUUGCCUCUGGUGAUGCUAUUGCAUGGGAUGAUGGUCAAGGAGCUGGUACUGACUAUGGCGUCUAUGCGUCAGUCGCUCAGGUUGGAACUGGUCUAAUCAAUGCCGUGAAGGUCCUCGAUUACUCUACCGGUCUUUCCUUUGGCAAGUUUGCUCUGAACGACACACAUCAUUUCAGCCGGUACCACAAGAUCGACAUCACCAAUCGUGGUUCCACACCAAUCACCUAUACCUUCUCGACACAAGACUUCGGUGGCAUGAACACCUAUGUCACAGAUCCCGCGGUGUAUGGUGCUCCUCGUGUCGCCUAUUUCGAGGACGUUAUUUUCUCGCCUCAGAAGAUGGUUCCGUCAGUUUCCUACCCCGGUGGAACGUUCACUGUGGCCCCAGGACAAACCAAAACCGCGCAAUUCAACUUCAACUACCCCACCGGUCUAGACCCUAAGAAACUCCCUAUCUACAGCGGCAAAGUUCUUAUCAAGGGUUCUAACAAUGAGACGGUAGGUAUUCCAUACCUCGGUCUUGCCGCCGAUCUACACAAAGAUUUGGGCAUCAUGUUCCAGUAUCCUCUUGGUUAUCCAAUAAUAACAUCCACCGUUGAUUACAUUCCAAUCUCCGAGAAAGCAAACUUCACAUUCGACUUAAGCCUCGCCAAGCAAGACUUCGUAAACCUGUACACCAAACUCCAAUACGCAACCACCGAACUCCGCUGGGACAUCUUCGACUCCACCUGGACCGAACGAAACUGGAAAUACCCACCCGUCGUCGGCCAAGCAGGCUACAUCGGCUCCGCAACCGCCUGGAAUCCCGCCCCAGGCCCCGGGUUCUUCGACCCCGCCACCGACGACGAGAACGAUCUCGUCGCGUUCCCGCUUCGACAGAUGUCUCGCACGAUCCUCGGCCGUUCGGGUCUCGAGCUUUGGUGGUUGGGGAAGUUGGCGAAUGGAACCCAGAUUGCGCCAGGCAAGUACAAGAUGAGGUUUGCGGCGCUCGUGCCGUUUGGGACGCCCCAGAAUGCGGAUAAUUGGGAUGUGUACCAGACGCCGGCGAUUACGGUGUUGCCGAAACCUAAGAAGUAG